AUGAAUUACGCCUUUCUCUUCUGCUUGAUAGCGUUGCUCAUCAAAUUAAGCGCUGGUCAAUUUAGCAAUUCACGAUGUAUAUGCGUAUGUCCUAAAGAUACCGAGUACACCAAGAUUAGAAAUGUAUUUAUUAAAGUGGUGGAAUCCACUCAAAAUUGCACCUGCUCCAAGGCUGUCGGACUACCAGAUAUAUUUUGCCUACGUUGCCAGUGUAAAUUUCAAACUCGCAAUAUGGGUAUCAAUCAGGGCGUUGUUAUUUUCGUCUUGGUCGUAUUAGCAUUGCUGCUAUUGUAUCUAACGUAUUCAAUUUAUGAAAAGUACGCAAGGAAAGAACUUCCAAGAAAUAGCCAGAUGCAGAAUCAACAAAAUUUGAAUACCGAAUCCAUUUCCAAUCGAAUUAUAAGAUUUCGCACCAACUGGAAAAAGCAACUUACUGAACAGCAAAAUAAUAUUUACGUUCGUCAUAAUAUGUUAUCGUAA